CGCCAUCCUUGCAGCGCGUGUGUUGUGUUAGGAGCGAACAACCACAGUUUUGAUAUAUCAGGGUGUUACCAUAUUUACUAAAGGCUCACCCAUGGACAUUCAGAGUGCCAGCUCGGUGGUCCUGCAGGCCCUGACCCAAGCUACCAGCCAGGACACAGCCCUGCUGAAGCCGGCUGAAGAACAGCUGAGACAGUGGGAGACACAGCCUGGCUUUUACUCCGUGCUUCUGAAUAUCUUCAACAAUCAUAUGUUGGAUGUUAAUGUGAGAUGGCUGGCUGUUUUGUAUUUCAAAAACGGCAUCGACCGAUACUGGAGGAGAGUGGCACCACACGCUCUCUCUGAAGAGGAGAAGACAUCUCUCCGAGCCGGACUCAUCACUAACUUCAACGAACCGGUCAACCAGAUAGCCACACAGAUAGCGGUGCUGAUCGCCAAGGUCGCGCGGCUGGACUGCCCUCGGCAGUGGCCCGAACUCAUACCCAUCCUGCUGGAGUCGGUCAAGGUACAAGAUGGGCUUCAGCAGCACCGGGCCCUGCUCACCUUUUACCACGUCACCAAGACCCUGGCCUCCAAACGCCUGGCGCCCGACAAGAAGCUUUUUCAGGAUCUGGCGUCCAGCAUCUACAGUUUUGCGUGUUCUCUGUGGAACCACCACACAGACACGUUCCUGCAGCAGGUGUACGCCCGGGAUGAAGAGGCCGCUCUUAGCUCGCUAGAACGCACGCUGCUGUCUCUGAAAGUUCUUCGCAAGCUGACGGUCCAUGGAUUUAUUGAACCACAUAAAAAUAUGGAGGUCAUGGGCUUCUUGAAUUCAGUGUUUGAGAGACUAAAGCAGUUUUUGGAGUGCUGUCGUCAUGUUGGCCAGGGAAGCGUCUGUAGGGAAAAGUUGGAGAAGACCAUCAUUCUGUACACUAAAGUCUUACUGGACUUCCUAGAGUACCACCCGUUCCCGUUCAUUCCCCUCAUUCAACGCUCUCUGGAAUUUGCCGUGAGCUACGUAUUUACCGAGGUGGGAGAGGGAGUGGUGUUUGAGCGUUUCAUCGUACAGUGCAUGAACCUCAUAAAGAAGAUCGUCAAAAACGAUUCCUACAAACCUGCCAAAAAUAUUGAAGACAGCAAACCGGAGAGCCUGGAGGCACAUAAGAUUAAGACUGCCUUCUUCACCCACCCGACCCUGGCCGAGAUCGGGAGGAGGCUCGUCUCACACUAUUUCCUGCUGACGGAGGAAGAGCUGGCUAUGUGGGAGGAGGAUCCAGAAAGUUUUGCUGUUGAAGAAACAGGGGGUGAUUCAUGGAAGUACAGUUUACGGCCGUGCACAGAGGUGUUAUUUUUGGAUAUUUUCCACAACUACAGCCAAACUCUGACGCCUGUACUUCUAGAAAUGGUGCAGAACUUGCAGGGUCCCACUAAUGUAGAGGAACCAGUGCAGCUGCUGAUGAAGGAUGCAGUUUACAAUGCGGUGGGACUGGCCGCCUACGAGCUUUUUGAUAACGUCGACUUUGACCAGUGGUUCAAGAACCAACUCCUGGCCGAGCUACAAGUCAGUCACAACAGGUAUAAGCUGAUCAGAAGAAGGGUGAUCUGGCUGAUCGGACAGUGGAUAUCCGUGAAAUUCAAAUCUGACCUUCGACCUUUGCUCUACGAGGUCAUCCUCAGCCUCAUGCAGGAUCCAGAUCUUGUGGUCCGCAUUGAAACGGCCACAACGCUGAAGCUUGCAGUGGAUGACUUUGAAUUCAGGACCGAGCAAUUCCUGCCGUACUUGGAGUCUAUCUUCGGCCUGCUUUUCCAGCUCCUGCAGCAGGUCACGGAGUGUGACACGAAGAUGCAGGUGCUGCAUGUCAUCUCGUGCGUCAUAGAGAGGGUCAGCAUUCAGAUUCGGCCGUAUGUGGGCUGCCUGGUUCAGUACCUGCCUCUUCUGUGGAAGCAGUCGGAGGAACACAACAUGCUGCGCUGUGCUAUCCUCACCACCCUCAUCCACCUGGUACAGGGACUUGGUGCGGAAAGUAAGAACCUGUAUCCUUUCCUGCUGCCUGUAAUCCAACUCAGCACGGACGUCUCACAGCCCCCACACGUCUACCUGCUGGAGGACGGCCUGGAACUCUGGUUGGUAACACUGGAAAACAGCCCUGCCAUCACACCUGAACUGCUGAGAAUCUUCCAGAACAUGUCUGCUCUGCUAGAGAUGAGCUCAGAAAACCUCAAGACGUGCUUCCAAAUUAUCAACGCCUACACCUACUUAUCAGCCACAGAGUUUUUACAGAACUAUGCUGAAGGCCUGUGCAGAUCCUUUUGUGAGCUGAUGACAGACAUCACCACUGAGGGACAAGUCCAAGUUCUGAAGGUUGUGGAAAUUGUAAUAAAAGUAAGUCCAGUCUUGGGAUCUCACAUGUUCCAGCCUCUGCUUCCAGCAGUAUUCCGUGGGAUUGUGGACGGAGAGAGAUACCCAGUGGUCAUGUCCACGUACCUGGGCGUGAUUGGUCGAGUUCUGCUGCAGAACUCCAGCUUCUUCUCCUCGCUCCUCACACAGAUGGCUGCGGAGUUUAAUCAGGAGAUGGACCAGCUUUUGGGCAGUGUCAUCGAGAUGUGGGUGGACCGUAUGGACAACAUCACACAGCCAGAGAGGAGAAAACUCUCAUCUUUGGCUCUGCUUUCAUUGUUACCCUCAGAUAACAGUGUCAUUCAGGACAAGUUCUGUGGGAUUAUUAACAUCUGCGUGGAGGCACUGCAUGACGUCAUGACGGAAGAUCCAGAAACAGGAACCUUCAAAGACUGCAUGUUGGUGAGUAAUUUAGAAGAGCCCAAACUGACGGACGAUGAGGAACCACCCACAGAACAGGACAAGAGGAGGAAGCUGCUGGCUCUGGAGGACCCGGUGCACAGCGUCUCUCUGCAGCAGUUUGUCUACGAGAAGCUCAAGGCCCAGCAGAUGCUGAUGGGAGACCAGGGCUUCCAGACGCUCAUGGAAACGGUUGACACGGAGAUCGUCAGGCAGCUGAAAGAGUUCCUACAGGGGAUGUGAGUAGGUCAAAAGGACUAUAGCUAAGGGCAAAAAACCCAUCACUUACCCACAAGCCAACUUUAAAUAAAACAUAAAUUGAGCUUCCAUUUUAACGGCUUUGUCUGUGGCCUCAUACACAUUUGUGGAAAUGAGAUGGGCUAGCAAAGUAUACACAAGGAGGAAGGGAAAAGGAGACUAUAUCAUAAAUUUACUCAGUGGGGCCCCUAAUGUCGGGGCCUUUGAUUUUUGUUUUGUAUCAGAAGAAAAAAGACUCUGUGAUGGAAUUUUGGAGUCUCGUGUUGAAGGACCCAAGCAGUGUUUACAUUUAUGCUUCACACAGAACCAGAAAAUGUCUUU